AUGUUCGCCACCGCUCCCCUGCAGCAAAAAAGCUCAGGAGAUUCUGCAGUCGCCUUUCCGCGUGGAUCCGCUGGGUCGGCUGAGCGGGGUGUUCCGAGCUCAGACGGGCGGCACUUGUACGUGCCGGUCCUCAUCGUCGGUGCGGGGCCGAUCGGUCUGUCGCUGGCGUUGCUUCUUCGACGCAUGCGAGUUCCUUUCUUGUUGGUAGAACGCGAUGAAGAGGCGCGCUGUCAACCCAAAGCUCACUACUGCAGCAGCCGAUCCAUGGAAGUCUGGAGAAUGUUUGGCCACUUGGACGAGGUCUUGGAGAACGAGGUUCCCUCUCUGGAUCUCUGGAAACACUUCUCGUACUGCACCCACCUCGUCGCCGCGCGCACGCACCCCCAUCCCAAUAUCGCAGCAAGAGACCACUUCAGCAACGCCUACACGUUUACUCUCCCGGACGGCAGAACGCGAUACUUUGAAGGCGAGAGUCCUUGCCGCGUAAUGCACCUGCCACAACACAUUCUCCUCCCGCUCCUCUACGCGCGUCUCCUCUCCGACAAGGCGAUUUCUCACGCUCAAGAAAAAGGGCCAGGCAGCUGGGCAGAGUUGCCGGCGCCGUCACUCGCGCUCACGUCUGUGUCCACUCGCCGCCUGCUCGCGGAAACCGCGUCUGGCGAGACGGAGACUCCCUCCGCAGCACAGUCUCCGUCUGCGUCGGAUCCCGAAUUCCUUCCUUCUCCCCCUUCAGCUGCGCAGCCGCCUUUCGCCUCAGCCGGCGCCCCCGAGAUCCUGUUCCGAACAAGGUGGUUGUCGGCCACAACUGUUGAACGCGAGAGUCUCUCGAGUCCUUCAACGGCGCCCCAGGCGUCUCUCCCAGAUCCACGACCUGACAGCUUCGUGAGGUCAAAAGUGUUGAGUGGAGCGGUUGCCGGGGCGGAGGGCCCUCAGGAAAUCCUCAUCGACAGCGCCUUCCUGGUGGCCUGUGACGGCGCGAACUCGACUGUCGCUGCACAGCUUCCCGGCUACCACCGUGAAGGCGUUGACUGUCUCCAGCGUCUCGUGAACAUUACCUUUGUCUCCCGACACCUUGCGGCUCUCAUUCGGAGCAACGAAGUCCUGAGGAGUCAAGAUUCUGCUGCCUCGCCGCGGCCUCCCCCCGCAGUGAGUUCGUCGCCUACGCCUCCUCCUUCGAUGCUGUACUACGUCAUGAAUGCAGACGUGAUCGGCGUUGUCGUUCUCCACAGUCUUGAUCGCGGGGAGUUCGUCGCCCACAUUCCCUUCUUUGCGCCUCACGAGCGCGCGCGGGAAGACUUCCCCGUUUCGGUGUGCGAGGAAAUCGUCCACCGGCUGGCUGGCCUUCGGCUCCGCGAUGUGCGGAUUGUGGAGACCCGGGGCUGGACGAUGGCCGCGAAAGUCGCGAAUGCGUUCUGUGGAGCUUUCCCUUUCUCCGACGCCGCCGAGACACUGCGAAAGGUCGAGGCGAACACGGCGCACACGGCCUCUCCAGCGCGCGGCGGCGAGCUGCGUCCGCGCCGUGAAAGCCCAAGCCAGGAGUGUGGCGACGUCUCGGCGGAUCAGACGCUGGAGCGCGAGGGGAAAGAGAAGGGGAACAAGACGCCUCUUUGCCGCGUUCUCCUGGCGGGAGAUGCAGCGCACCAACUCCCUCCUGCCGGCGGCCUAGGCAUGAACCUGGGGAUGGGGGAUGUCCUCGGCCUCGCCUGGAGACUCGGCCAGCUGUACGCUCGAAAAAACGCCGCUUUCUUUCCGCUGGAAAGGCCAGAAGAGAACGGAGGACCGCACAGAGAAACGGGGACAAAAGGGACUCGACAGAACGACGCGAACGGGCGACCGCCCACCCGCCACAAGGCGGAAGCGGAUGAGGAAUCCGCCAGAAGACUGCUGCAUAGUUAUGACGCAGAGAGGCGGCUGGUUGCCAAGUACACGUGCCGCGUCGCCGUCGACAACUUUUCGCGAGGCUUGAACGCCCCCUCCGAGCUCGGUCUCGACUGGGCGACAGGCCAGGCCCUCUCGUCGGGCCUCGAUGAGGCUGCCAAGGCCGUCACGCGGCUGCUUGCGAAGGCUCGACCUCCGAGUUCUGUGCCGCCUCGGGUAGGGGAAUCUUCUGCGGAACCGUCUCUUCGGUCUACGCUCCUCGGCCCCGACCCCGUUUCGCACGUGCCUGCCGUUGCUGCCAAGCGGCUUCUUCAGCUUGCUCUUCAAACGGGAAGACAACGGAUGAUGCUCUGCCAGCGGUGGCUGCCGCAAAUCUGGGACGAGCGCGUCGAAGCAGUGAAGGCGAUUCUGCGCGACGAAAGCCGCAACUUGAGUCUUCACUACCCUGGCGCAGAUCUCGCCUACGCGUACACCGCCUCCCAGCUGUAUCGACCGUCCGACAGCGACGAUCGUGAAACUCACGCGUCGGGGCCUGCGAUCAUGGUCUCUGAGUCCCCCAUGGCGUAUCGGCCGACGCACUGGCGCGGAUGCCGCGUUCCUCACGCGUGGCUCUACGCCGCCGCGCCUGACGGCGUACCUUCAGUGCAGGAACUCGAAGCGCCGCACGCGAGAACAGUAACCCGCGUCUCGACUGUCGACCUCCCUCUCCUCCACGACCCGCCCUGUGCAUACGUCUUCCUGGUGUUCUCUUCACGCCAUGUACCCGCUCUCGGCGCUGCUCUCCGUGCUCACCGCCUCGGCGUCCAACCACCCCAGUUGUCUCCUUCCUCUUCUUCCUCCUCUGCGUCGUCGACUGCCUCUUCUUUUCUGUCUCGUGUAUCUGGAGGCGCCCGGCGUCUCGCGAGCCACGCGACAAAAGACUUCUCUGAGGCGUUCUGCGUCUGCUGGGAAGCGGUCGGGGAUCGUCAUUUGCUCGUUCAAACCGCGGAGUCGCUCGCCAUUGACCGUCGCCCUCUCGUCUUGGACGGGGCCAGGCUGAGCCGCCUUGGGCGCCUCUCGCCCGCCGCGCGGUCUCCUGCAGACGGGCGAGAAGAGAGCGAAGGGGGGGCGAACCGGAGCGCGCCGGAAAAAACCUGCAGCCUCGCAGAUGCACAAGAGACGGGGGCGGUGAGGUGGAUGUGGAGCUCCGACUCAACACGAGAGAAGUUCCUGGAGCGCCUUCGAGACGCGGGUAUCGAAGGCAGCGCCCCGGACGUGCCCGUGGAAAACCUUCUUCUCGUUCUGCGGCCUGAUGGCCACAUCCUGGAUAUCCGAAAUCUCCAGUCGAAACAGCGACCGGUGGAACCGUUGGAGACGCCGCAGAGCCAGGGCAGAAUCUCGGAUUCACCAGAAACGGCCGCGCGAGAGACCGUGGAGAACGUCGUGAAGACUAUCCUCCAGAGCCUCGCGUAG